GACGCUUCGCCUUUCCAUUGUUGUUCGAGGAGACUACGACAUUCUUUCGCGGUCCUGUUUUCGCAUCUCUUUACGCACACGAAUCCAAGACGUUGUUUGUUGUUCAGCGGUUACGUGACGCAGAGAGCAGACUCGGUAGCAUCGGAGGCUACCCGUAUUGACGUAUCCGCAGGGCUGAGUGAGCUGUCUGUUUACGCUCACCCUUCAGGCCUUUCCGCGCCCUUCCACGCAUACUACGACUUUGAGAUUGGGGAGAUAAACACAUCCACACAACAUGCGGAUACCGCAGUCAUAUAUCCAGAAGUGCAAGGUGGUGGCACAUGUUUUCCAGGCCAUCUUCGUCUUCAUAGCGGCGUGUCUUACGAUCGCUGUUAUGACCAAGGAUGGCCCCGUUGAAGGACCUACAAAGUAUUUCUUUGCUAUGUGCUUCGUCUCCAUUCCCGCCAUAAUCUACCUCACAAUGGUACCCAUGUGGUCGCGCGCCCAACGCUUCGCCUCCGCCUACGCUUUCCUCGCCGUCGACGCUUUAUACACUAUCCUGUGGUUCGCAGCCUUCAUCUCGGUGGCCAUGUGGAAUGCCCACGGUAUCAAAGAGGGAGCCAAGAAGGAGAAGAUUGCAGAUGACGACCGCAACUGCACAACAUUUUUAUACGGAGAUGAGGCCAAAUGCAAGGUCAGCAAGGCCGCUGUAGGCGUCGGUGUCAUGGUCUUCCUCUUCUUCGCCAUCACCACCGGCGUAUCCGGCUACUACCUCCACAAAUACCUCCGCGAAGGCGUCAUGCCCUACCAAUCCUCCUCAGAAAACACACACUACGCCUCGGGCGACUCCGCCUACAACAACCCCAAAGACGCAGCCUGGUCGACAGAGAUAGAAACCGCAAACGGCCGCGACUCAUCAGACUCGCUCGAUCGCCGUACCGACCGCGGCGGAAACCAAGAAGAAGACGAAUAUGCGUUGCUACACAGCACAGAAACGGAUGAGGGUAGGCACCCAGGCCGCCCGCUGAGUUGGGGUGAGGAUAGGAACGGAACAUAUGGUGGCGGUGGCAGGGGGGCUGUGCCUCCGUAUGCAGAGUAUAGAGACAGCAGUGCAAGUAUAGCUGCCGGCGUGGACGCGUUGAGUCCGGGUGGAUAUGAAGAAUUUAGAAGAGAGGCUGGUGCGGGGCCUCUUGGUAGCAUGGGUAUGGACAGAGCGCCGAGUCACAGUGGAAGUGGGUAUAGCUUUAGUGGUGGGCCGGAGCGGCUGAACUAGAGGUAAACUGUGGAUAGGACAGCAACGUUGCAUUGUUUCUGCAUAUGAGCGCUUCUUUUGCUUUCGAGCUGUUAGAUCACCUUGCAUUGGGAUUACGGUUGGGUUAGGCGUUGUCUCUUGAACUCGGUUCAUUCGUUGUCUGCGCUUUAGCGAACUGCUUCUGUAUACGAAUACUCAUCUCUUCGCAUAGCACUCCAUGACACGUUGAGUCUCAAGGUCUUCCAU